AGCACAGAGAUCCAGCCAUGGCACCUACAAUAACUUCAGCAGUGAUCUACUCUAACGAGCACCUGACUCUGACAAGAUAAAUUGAAGAAUCAAUUUCAAGGAAAUUAAUCUAAUUUGAUUGAUUAUUUAUUUGUUUCAAUAAUGCCAUAUUUCAGAAUAAGAUUAUUAAUGACUCUCCUUUUCUUGUAGCUAACAAAGCCAGUGAUGGAGAAGUUACGCACAGAUCGUAUCAACAGCAGCAUUGAGCAGCUCAAGUUUCUCCUGGGUCAAGAGAUCCUCAACCAGCAGUCAGACUCCAAACUGGAGAAAGCCGACAUCUUGGAGAUGACAAUUUGCUUAAUGAGACAACAGCAACAGAACCAGCCAGUGAGCGCCUCCUCCUGCUCAGCAGCUGUCAAUCAGGGUUACUCCAGGUGUGUCCAAGAGAUUGUGCACUUCCUGUCCAAGGAUGAGGUGAAGACACAGACCCAGAGACUGCUGAGCCAUUUCCAGAGCCUGCAGCCAUCCUCUGAUAAGAACAGGAGGGAGAGUGACCUGCCUCAGUUGAGCUCCCCAGCCCAGCACAGCAUCAGCAAAGAGAAGAGUCCAGUCAACAGCGCUCUCUGGAGGCCCUGGUAGAGUCCUGCAGAAUGGAGCUCCACUCAGACAAACACAAUGGACCAUGUUGGUCUAACAUUAAUUUUACAUUUAACAUUUAAGUCAUUUAGCAGACGCUCUUAUCCAGAGCGACUUACAAAUUGAUGUCAUGGACAGUGGUCAGAGAUCUUCAUCCUCUGCUUAUACAGGAUGUUUUAAAAGUCUUGCUGUUAUUAAGACUUUUAUUUUCUGUUGUACUGAACAAGUUAUAACGUUUUUCUAAGAAAUUGAUCAAAUUGAUCAUUGAAUAAUAACAUUUAUGUUUUGUGAAACGUGUUGAAAUUGAUCAUGUGUUCAUUCAUGAUCAACAUGAUCAAC